AUGUCUUCCAAGCUUGACCAGUCCCUUGAGGAGAUUGCCGGCUCUCGUCGCAACGACACUCGUCGCCCUCGUCGCGGUGACAAGCCCAGAGUUUCCACUGGAGGUGUCACCAAGAAUUCGGCCGCUCCCAAGAACGCUGGCCGCCAACCCAAGGCUUCCGCUGCCGCCACCGCAGCUAUUGUCGGCGCUGCUCUUCCCGCUACCGGAGAAAGCAAGAUCAUUGUCAGCAACCUGCCUUCCGAUGUCACGGAGCAGCAGAUUAAGGAAUACUUCGGAAAGACUGUUGGCCCUAUCAAGAAGGUCCUCCUCAACUACAACAAGAACGGCCGUAGCGUCGGCGUCGCCACCAUCAUCUUCUCCCAGCCCCAUAGCGCAGCGGCAGCUGCUAAGCAGCUCGACUCCGUCAAGGUUGAUGGAAAGGCCAUGAAAAUUGAGGUCAUCCUCGGUGCCAAGUACGCACCCACUCCUGCUGCACCCAAGUCUCUUGGUGACCGCAUCCAGGCACCCAAGGCAAAAAAGGAGAACAACAAGCCCAAGACAGCCGCUGCUGCCCCCAAGCCUGUCAACGCUGCUGCCGGUGGUGCUACUAAGGCCGCUGGCCGUGGUGGUCGCAAGGGCCGCGCUGGCCGUCCCAAGCCCAAGACCGUCGAGGAGCUCGAUGCUGAGAUGAGCGAGUACUUCGACCCCAACGCCGUUGCACCUGCUGCCAACACCAACGGCGCAUCUGCACCCGCCGCUGCCCCUGCUGCUACCGGCGACGCCACCAUGGAGGACGAGAUUAUGUAA